AUGGGCACAGAGGCAGCUGCGGGCAGUGGAACGAUGCAGACAGUGGACAGUUGCAAAAGCUUCCAAUACAACCCCAAGAUAAUGGAAUUCCUGAAGACACAACUUGACAGAGCAGAGGUACUCCAACCGCAGGGAGCACCUGUUUCUAUGGUGAAGAAGUUUGUGUGGCACUUGAAGAAGGGUCGGAGACUUCUUGAUAAGCACCUGGAACCAUUUGAUAUCAUAAAGUUCUACAGAAUAGAAGAGGCAUGCAACGGGGUGGAAGAGAUCUGCACAGAGUUGAGGGACAUUCUUUGGGAACUUGGUGCAGAGGGCACAGAGCAGCUGGAGGCGAAGGUGCCCAUCCAAAUUGUGCAUGAGGAUAAGUUGUUUUUGGAUGGACUUCUUAAGUACAUCCUGAAGGGCGAGCAUGCUGCAUGUGAUGACAAAAUAUUGCGGCACUGGGAUGUUGUGAAAGCACGCAAUGAAGAAAGAAUGGCUUUUUUGCCCGAUGUUGAGGAGGAGUCACUGACUUUGGAAAAACCAAUUGGGGCUGGGUCCUACGGCAUUGUGCAUGAAGCGAAAUGGGGAAGUGCAGCAAAUAAAGUGGCUGUGAAAGUACCAAAGAGGCCUGUGAGCAUUGAGGAACUUGCAUGCACUGUAAGGGAGGCUGUGCUGCAGGUGUCUUUGAGGGAUGACCACAUUGCUAAACUACAUGGCUACACCAGCUCUGGCUGGCUUGUGAUGGAGUUGGCACAGGAUAAUUUGAAAGAUGUGUGUGCCCGUGGUCCUCCAUUGACGUAUAAUGAGAGCUUUGCAUUGCUGGAGCAAGCUGCGGAAGGAGUGAGCUGUGCCCAUGGCCAUGACCCUGCAUUGGUCCACUCAGAUGUGAAGACCACCAAUUUCCUCGUCUUUGGUAACAGGUCUGAUGGCUUGUGUGUGAAGCUGAGUGACUUUGGGCAAGCCUUCAUGCUGACUGAGGACAGGAACAAGACCAUUCGCAAGGGGGGUUAUACACCAAACUACGUUGCUCCUGAGUUUUACAAAGGUCAGCCUGUUUGUCCUAAAUCGGAUACGUUCAGCUUUGGGGUUGUGUUGCAUGAGGUUUUAAGCGGAAAGAUGCCGUACAGCUCGUGCAAGGACAAAUACAGUCUCCGUGAUAUGAAAUUGGAGGGGAAACCACCCUGUGCCAUGCCAGCCGACUGCCCUCGUGAGGUGCAUCAGUUGCUUCAGUGCUGCUGUCUACAAGAUCCACUGCAAAGGCCAUGCAUGGAGAAAGUCCAAAGAUACCUACAAGAGCUGGCAGCGGGCCACAUCCCACCCUUGGAAAUUCUUCAGCCGCAAGUGGAGCAUGGGGAACAAGGCCCUGUGCAUCAAGAUGUGAACUUUACAUUCAUGGGGCUGCUACUCACAGAGGUCGAGCCAUUAAAGUUGAUCAGCACAAGGUUGUCGUACUUGCUCAGGAAGAUCACUGCUUGGGUGAAAUCCAGCAAUGACGCAGUUGUUGAUGGCUCAGAACCAUUCCCUGGAAGUGUCAUUUUUCCAUUUCGGAUUGAGUUCCCCAGCAGGCAUUGUGCAGCCCUGUUCAAAGCCGAAGUGCAGGUUGAUGCAGGAUUCAUUUUCCAGGCGGAUUGGGAACUCCUGAAGUACCAGCCCCAAGCACAAGUGACCAUAUCUGAAGACGUUAAUGUCAUCGAUACUCAGGCUGCAAAUCUGGAGGCACAAGUGCAGUUCAUCAUCGCAGACAUCGGGAGGGCAGAAGAUGCAAAGUACAGCAGAAAGAUGAUCAGCUUUUUGCGGGGCCAGAUAGCUGGCUUGAAUGCCUGGACAUUUCACCCCCCGAAGAUGGCACGGGAGGAAGGAUGGAAGAAAAGCCUGGCUGUCCUGCUGCACCACCUAAAACAUGCCAAGCAACUAAUCAGGCUGCACAGUUUUGUCGAUGUGGACACUCUGUACAAGACUGCUGACACAGAGAUGAUAGUCAAUCGGACACUUCGUGCGAUUAACGAUUUUUUGCUUGAGUGGGACAUGGGCCCUGCAGCCAGCCUGCUUCUUUCCUUGCCCCAAGAGCAUGCAAAGCAGGACAGGCAGGACUUGAUUGAGCAUUUGGGUUUUGUUUUCAAGGACCUGCCUUGCAACUUUGAGGGAGACAGUGAGGAAGCUAGGCAAGAAUGGGAGAUUGUGAUGCAGGGUUUCGCUGAGAAGCGAUGCGUGGUGCCAGUCAUUGCCCAGAAAGAUGUCAUGCUGGGCCUUCCAGUUGCCAAUGAUGUACAUAUUGCCAAGUGGGGAGAGCGCUUUGUGGUAGUCAAGCAGAUUCUUCCUUUGCCUGCGGACGACAUCAACCUGGAAGAGUUUGCCAAGUUCUACACAAAGACAUUUAGCCAGACAGCUCUGGAUCUUAAGAGCGUGGUGGAGGUGUAUGGUGUCACCACAGGAGGUGCUGUAGUUGUGGAAAAGGCCGACAGUGAUUUGAUGCACUGGUACAUGUCAUUAGCUGCAUGUUAUGAAAAAGACACCAUAUACCAAAAACUCAGCGUCUUGGCUCAGGCUGCAGAUGCCCUGAAGUCUGUACAUGCUGCGGGCAUUGUUCACGGUUGCGUAAAGAGCAGCAAUUUCUUGGUCUUUGGCCAAGAUAUGAUGGACUGUACUGUCAAAAUAUCCGAGUUGCCAAUAGCCAUCGAUCCCUGGGACCGUGGUCGUGGUACUUUUUCGCGGGCAGCACGAUGGAUGGCUAAGGAAGUGUGUGAAGGACGUCCGUACAGCAUGAAGUCCGACGUCUUUGCCUUUGGAGCAGUGAUGUGGGAGGUGGCCACACAAGAAUUGCCGUAUAGGGAGGGAGCAUCCGCUGUAGAUGCCCUUGGCGCCAAGCUUGCGGGGGAAGUGCCAUGCGUUGCUUCUGGUGAAUUGGAAGAACUGUGGCCAGAAGAGGUGCUGAAGUUGAUGCAUGCCUGCUGCUCGCCACGCCCUGAGGACAGGCCAUCAAUGGAGGAUGUGUGGACCUGCCUGAAGAAGUACAAAGAGGAUUCUACAAUGGAAGACACCCGACAAAUGCUGGGAGGGCAGAACCUGUCAGAAGUUUUGAUGCAGAUGGAACCCUCAGAGGCAGAGGCAGAGGCUGAGAGUGCUAGUCCACAACUGCACCCAAUCACCAUGGCGGACCUGGACACAAGUCUGUACGAUCCUGGCAAGGUCUUUGCGCAAGAGCGCCCACGCGCACUUUGGGUGGGCAAGGGGGAGAGCAUCAUGUUGGAGGACAAGCUCAGGAAGGUGGACUUGCACGACAUAGCGACGCACUCAGACCGCAUAAACCGCCUGUUGAAGGAACGAAUGCGCAGGGUACAGAGUAGUGCAUCAUUUCAUCAACUGGACUGCAGUGAAGACUUGCCGUUGCUCGCUGAGCAUACCACUGAAAAUGUCAUAAUAGUCGCAAAUCGGCUGCCUGGCACUGCUUACAAGGAUGAGAACGGGAAAUGGAACUUGGAGGUGGCUAGCGGAGGCAUUGUCAGCGGUUUCAUGGGGGUGGGCAGCCUGACGACAAAAUGGAUUGGGUGGCCAGGUGUAUGUGUUGAGACCGAAGAAGAUAGGGAAGCACUGAAGGCAGUUUUGAGUGAAUACAACAUGAUUGGAGUUUUUCUAGACGAAGAAAUGAUUUCCGACUAUUACAACGGCUUCUGCAAAGCCGUACUGUGGCCCCUAUUUCACUAUGCUCCUCCAAGUCUUGACAUGUGGCGCAACCUUGGAGGAACUACUGUUGCCCAGACCCAGUGGGCUGCCUACCAAAGGGCCAAUGAGGCCUUUGCAGACUGUGUUUUGAAGAACUACGGUUCCAGGGACACCGUGUGGCUCCAUGACUAUCAUUUGAUGCUCUGUCCAGCCAUGCUGAAAAAUAGGAAGCCAGAGAUGAAGGUUGGAUGGUUUCUACACACCCCUUUCCCUUCGUCAGAGAUCUAUAGGACCCUGCCCGUUCGAGAGGAAGUGUUAAGUGCAGUGAUCAAAGCUGACCUUAUCGGUUUCCAAACGUAUGAUUAUCUUCGGCACUUUAUAUCUUCGUGCUCAAGAGUAUUGGGACUUGAGGGGACACCGCAUGGUGUUGAGGACCGUGGUCACCAGACAAGAGUCAUCGCAUGCCCUAUUGGGAUCAACGUUGAGAGGUUCACACAGGCGCUGGAGCAGAAAAGCAUGAAGGCACAUAUAGAGGAGCUUCGUGCUCAGUAUAAGGGGCGUAAGGUCAUGUUAGGUGUCGACCGGGUGGAUAUGAUCAAGGGUAUCCCCCAGAAGCUGCUUGCCUAUGAGAAGUUCCUUGAGGAGCAUGAAGAGUGGCGUGAGAAGGUGCUGCUUGUCCAGAUUGCAGUCCCAACUCAGGGCAAGGUUUCAGAGUACCAAAAGUUGCGCUCAAUGAUUCACGAGAUGGUGGGUCGGAUCAACGGCAAGUUUGGGUCACUGACCCAUGUGCCCAUACACCAUCUGGAUCGCUCACUGUCCUUCCUCGAGCUCAUCGCCCUGUAUGCUGUCACGGAUGUGGCCCUUGUGACUUCCCUCCGUGAUGGGAUGAACCUGGUGAGCUACGAGUAUGUCGUCUGUCAGAAGAAGAGCGAGUCAGAGGGGUCUCCUGGUGUGCUGAUCCUCAGCGAGUUUGCUGGUGCUGCACAGUCGUUGGGGGCUGGGUCCAUUUUGGUCAACCCUUGGAACACAACUGAUAUGGUACAGUCAAUUCAAGAGGCAUUGACUAUGAGCGACGAUGAGAGAAAAGAGCGACACCAUGUGAAUUAUGUACAUGUGACAAAGCACACAGCCCAGAACUGGGCAGAUAUGUUCAUAACAGAACUCAAUGAUGCAUAUAUCGAGGCUGAUUUCCGAGACAGGCAAGCUCCACCACAGCUGCGAACAUCCUCAGUUGUCAGUGCCUUCAAUGAUAGCCGUCGCCGACUGUUUGUCUUUGGCUAUGAUGCCACCCUGACCACUGCUGUUGAGGCGCCCAAGCAACCCAGGAAGCACUAUGACCAGAUGAAGGCCCCGGCACAGGUUAACCACAGCACCAUCAGGUGCAUCGGGGAACUUUGCAAACGCCCAGGGAAUGUGGUCAUCAUUUUCAGCAGCAGCGAGUGUUGCAAGCUGCAGGAGCAGUUUGGGCAGCUACCAGUUUGGCUUGUUGCAGAGAAUGGAGUGUACAUGAGGCCACCAAGCACGGCAUAUGGUGGCACAAUGGAAUGGGUCCCCAUUUUUGAGGGGCUUCCUCGCGACUGGAUGGACAGUGUCCAUAUGGUCUUUGAGUACUUUUGUGAGCGAACGCCCCGUUCAUUUGUGGAGAAGCGUGAGACAUCACUGGUGUGGAAUUUCAAGUAUGCAGACGUUGAGUUUGCCAGGUUGCAGGCCAUGGACCUGCUGCAGCACUUGAGGGCUGGUCCGCACUCAAACGCCCCUGUGGAUAUAGUGCCAGGAGCCCGAUCUGUGGAGGUCCGGCCUGUUGGUAUCACGAAGGGGCUAGCGAUGCGGCACAUAGUUGGAGAGAUGGAGAGGUUGCUAGGUCGUGAAGCCUGUGACUUUGAUUUUGUGCUGUGCAUUGGGCAUUUUCUUAGCAAGGAUGAAAACAUCUUCUCCUUUUUUGAAGGUAAGAACACCGUGAAUGAAGCACGCAUGGAGAAGACGCUGCACUUCACACAGACAUAUGCAGCUGACGAAAAUUGGAGGGACAAUGGGCCAUCCUCUGCCAAGGUGAAUGCUGCAGUGAUGGGCAGCCCUGGGGUCAGCUGGCCCACUGGUGAUGGCCCAAUGUGGACACAGAGCUCACAGGAACCGAUCAUGUUGAGUCCAAAGCAUCUGUUUACCUGCACAGUUGGACGUGCUGGUUCAAUAGCAAGGUGA